CUGCAUGCUAUCUUUCUUUCUUGUAUCCCUAGGCGAGUAACAAGGUUUCAAUCACGGAACCUAGACACGACGAACAUACUGUACUCUCUCCUCAAGCGGUUUUGAGCUAAGCAGUACAAAUACCUCUAGGAAAGAGACGGAACGUUUAUAUCAUGGUCGUUGUUUCCAGAGGACGAUUAUUGAUGCUCCUUUUUCACCGGACCGCCGGAAAACAGGCGGGGGAGAGAAAUCAGCCUGGUUAUGGCUACUUGGGUGACUCGCGGAUUGUGGAGGGGCUGUAUCAGAAGGUUUGCUUCAACAGCUCCUGCUCCUCAGCUCUCGACAGCUGAGAUUGCUCAGAUGCGCAAUGAGCUCUUCACAAAAGAGAAAGAGAGACAAUUGUCUCUUUAUCCACGAAUUGAGAAGAUAGAAGUUAAAUAUGUUGGCAAAUCUCAUCCAGGCACUUUAUUUAUAAUGAACAAAGGGCUUUCCACUCCAUACACUUGUGCUAUGCACUUAAGUGAAUGGCACAGUAAGAAAUCUGUACUCGCCCUUGUAAAUGGACAGAUCUGGGAUAUGUACAGGCCUUUGACUCACUCAUGUGAAAUUCAGUUUCUUACUUUCAAAAGCGAGGAUCCAGAGGAGGUGAACAAAGCCUACUGGCGUUCUUGUGCUAUGAUGCUGGGCUGUGUACUGGAACAGGCAUUUAAAGAUGAAUAUCCAGUCACUCUUAUUAGAGCUCCAGAAGUGCCAGUGAUAUCUGGAGCUUUUUGUUAUGAUGUGAUCUUGGACAACAGGCUCGAUGACUGGAAGCCAACUGAGGAAAGUCUCCGUUCUCUUACAAAAGAUGUUAACACACUCAUUCAUAAAGACUUCCCAUUUGAAAUGCUGAAUGUUGAUGCAAAAGUGGCACUUGAAAUAUUUCAGCAUAACAAGUACAAACUGGACAUAAUUGAGCAGAAAGCUUCACAAAACCCCGAAGGAAUUGUACAAUUGCAUAGGUUAGGUGAUUUCGUUGACAUUAGCGAAGGCCCACAUAUUCCCAGAACUAGCUUAUGUUACCAGUAUGAGGUGACAGCAGCUCACAAUGUUCAAAGCACCGAAUCUGAACUCAUACGAAGAUUCCAGGGUCUCUCUGUUCCAAUUUACUUAAAGCUUCAUCACACUAUAUGGCACAGGUUGCAGGAAAGGUCUCGAAAACUAAUCAGUGAAGACAGAAUGAAAGAAGCAAAUGAAAUCUCAGACAGAAAUGAAAUCUCAAAUGCUGAAUCAACUUAAGUCUAAUUUGGAAAUGGGAAAAUUAUUUUAAAAAAGUAUUUAAAAAGUUCCAUUUCAUUAUUCAAAUAAAUCCCCUGAAGAGAGAUUUUGACCAAAGGUUUCGCAGACUCGAACAGAAAAUCACGUCUUGGCCCUUGCUUCUAUUUCAUCAAAUCAGAAUUUAUGUGUAAAUGUAAAUACACCAAUGAAAGUGUCAUAGGUGUGGAAGUUCUGUCCAUGUACUGGAGCACCUGCAAGCUUUUGCAGAGUUAUUUCUGCCGGAUUUCUACGAUAGAAAUUGGGCAAGAUGGGUUCAAAUCCUGCUAGAUGAUGAUUUCCCUUCUCAUCCAUAAUACCUGUCCAUAGUCUGCGUUCUGAACACAAUUUAUAGUUGAUUUGUAUGCAUAUCCAUACAUUUUGCAAUACCAAGGUCUGUGAUACGAAAAACCCUGAAGUAUGGCCACAAAAUGAGGGCUACAAGAGUGACUUUAAAUCAAGCAUGCUUUGAUGUGGCAACUUGGUGACAUAAAAUUCUGCAUCAGGAAUUGGGAGGCAUGGGUUCAGCUUCAGUUUGUGGUAGAUGUUGUUACUGUGUGUUCUCUACAAAUCAGUGUAUGCAUAUUACAGUGUCUCAGAUAAACCUGAUGGACAAAUGCAGGUAAAAUAGGAGAAAAUUUGUCAAUUAAAUAUGUGAUGAGACUA